GAAAUUAUCUCUCGUCAAAACCCUUUCACUUGUUUGCAGGAAUCCGAGUGCCGCUGCCACGCGGACCACCAGCCAGGAACCCAUCACGAAAUAUAUGAAAAAAUCUCCGGCUGUUGGUCCUUCUACUCCAGUUCCACCAAGUGCCUCCCACCCAACUCCUCAACCGUCGCCCCCUCAGGCUGAUCCAUCUCCCCCUCCUGCCGCAAAUACUCCACCGGAAAUAAUUCCGGUUAGCAGCGGGCAUGCGGGCGGAGAAGAUCCUAAGGCCAAGGGCCCUGCCCAAGAAAACGCGGAAGUACAAGGCCAAGGAGAGGCUGAAGUCACUUCUUCCGAGAAGGCUGGAGAGGGCGCUGGCGACAUGGUCGUUUUUCCGAAGAACUUUGGAGAUCCGGCUGACACCACUUCCACCCCCAAGGCGUAUGCUACCAAGUUUUUCAACAAGCUGUCCGAGGCGGAGAAGUGGGAACUUGAACAGGACCUGCUCAACGCCAUGCUGAACAACGCCUGGGGGAAACCUGACUCCAGGACAUCGGAAAUCCAAGACUUCAAGAAGAACGUCGGUCAGUUCUUUGACCAGCUCAUCUGCAAGCAAAAGGAACAGCAGGCACUGCACUAUGAGCUGCACAAGAACAUUGCGCUUCAGCGCCGCGUUACUCUGAAUCAGGCGGAAAAUAUCCGGACUCUGAAGGAUGAGAAUGCGGAACUGACCAAGCAACUGGCGGACGCCCAAGGCGCAUCCUCUUCCCUUGCUACAGCCUCAUCUGAACUUGAGAACCUGCGCUCCUCGUACCAUGAUUUGGAAACGAAAUUAAAGGAGGCGGAACUAAAGAGGGAGCAGGCCGAGAAGCAGCUGUCGGAGAAAAACUCCGAACAUAUCAGGGAAAAGGGCGAGCUGUUGCUGAAGAAAAAUGCUGACAGCGAAACCAUCAAGAGGCAGCAGAAAGAGCUCAAUGGUCUCCGAAAAUAUAUGGAGACCGCGGAGCAUCACUGGGACUUGCUCAACGAGAACAUCUUGGGUACGAUACUGAAACCUUGCCCAGAUGUUUUCUCCGACUUUUUACUUUACGCUCAAACUGCAUGCUUAUAUCCUGAUUAUCUUUUAUGCAGAGCCGCUUGGGUAUCCGGAACAGCGCCGGAAUUUGUUCCCACGGGAUGACCUUCUUCAACUCGCAGGCGAUGACUGCAAAGAUCUCAUCUCCGCCUCCCGCAAGAUAUGCUAUAACUUAUCCAUCAAGAGGAGCCGCACUUGCAACGUCCGGAAGCUUGUUGGAAAGAUGGACAUUCUUCCGGAGCUGGUGACGGAUCUACAAGCAUCAUCAGCCCGAGGCGCAGCUGCAAUGGCCUUGACCAUGUGCCUAGCACAUAAUCCGGAUCUUGAUCUUGAUCAAGUGACCACGGGCGUUCCUCCGGAUGCGGAUGUCAACGCGCUGCUGGAUGCAGUGAGUGGCUACGACACCCGUAUCGCGCGCAGGAUCCGGCAUGAGGAAUUCUACGACAAGGUCGUUCUUCCCGCAGACGAGCCCUUGGAAGUGGAACUUCAAAAGGAGCUCGAGGCGAAGGCGCGAUCCGCGGAAUCCGGGACCCAAUAUACCUGGACCAGCUCCA